CACAUUUGUUCCAGCAGAUAUUUUCUGAUUUACAAAGAAACUUGUAAAAUGUGUCUCAUCAACUGAUAUUGUUCGUCACAGUUAUUUCUGACCCCAACGCUUGACAUAUUGAAAUAAUUUCUGGCCUCACUGCUUGAAACGUUGGAAUGAGCUGUGAAGAGCAGCAACAGGAAGAGGUAGAGGUGUUACAGUCUAUAUAUGAUGGUGAUACCAACUACAUACAAGUCAAUGACACAACUUUUCAAUACAAGGUAGGAGAGCACGAGCAUCACAAGUCAUUCCUUGUAGAGGUACAAUGGGGAGAACAAUACCCUGAAGAACUUCCCUCCAUUAAUCUAGAUGCCUUUUAUAAUAAACAUGUACUGCAAGAGAUAAAAGACAACAUUGUUGAAAAAAUCAGGACACAGGCUGAAGAGUUCCAGGGGUGUGCAAUGACCUAUACUUUGUUUGAAUUUGCUAAGGAAAAUGCUGAAGAGUUCAUGGUUAAUCAACCAGAGUUCCAAACUACAUCUGAUGAGCGCAAUAUCGCACAAGAAGACCAAGUUAAGCAGGUGAAACAGAAGAAGGAACAAUUAACUAAAGCACAGAAGAGAAAGAUUAUUAAUCGUGUGGACAAUACCGGGGAAUUGCCUCGUGGUCACGAUUGGAUCGAUGUCGUAAAACAUUUACAUCAGACAGGACGCGGUGAUAAUAAUUCAUAGCAGUGAUAUCUAUUAUUUAACUAUAUGAAAUGCGGCCUUCUCAAGAGUCAUAUGAUGGUGUCAUGGUGCUCAUUCAUUUUUGACAUCUGUGAUUCAUAUUUGACAUCUUAUCAUUCAUGUGUGACAUCGAACAUUCAUAUAUGAUUAUUAGUUAUAUGUAAUAUACGUCACUUUUAUUUGACACAUAUUAUUCAUAUGUGACAUCUUAUCAUUCUUGUGUGACAUAUUACAUAUAUUUGACUAUAAUAUGUGUCAUUUUUAUUUGACACUUAUCAUUCACAUGUGACAUCUAGCAUUCAUAUGUGACAUCUUUUAUUCAGAUAUUGCAUCAAAACAUUAGUGUAUGUCCAACAUAAACCACAAACUUUUAUUUGGAGUUUUGAUAUUUAUGCCUUAGAAUAACAUGUCAGAAGAAUCUGAGAAUAUAAUACAUAUGUA